AUGUUCACCAUGCAUGAUCUAGUGUACGACCUUGCAAGAUCAGUCAUGGAUGAAGAGUUGAUUGUCUAUAACACUGACAAAGUGAGAAGUUUGGUGGACUCAAAGUAUCGCCUCUAUGCAUCGGUCACAAAUUGUUGCAAGCCAUUGAGGAUAUCGACUAUUUUACCAGCCAAGUUAAGGGCCUUGCUUUUCCAGAAUUGCAGCAAUCUGGGCAUCACUGGUGGUUCCUUUUCAUUUGCCAAGUGUUUGCGUGUACUGGACUUGACCGAGUCCUCCAUCAGUAGGUUUCCAUCAUCUAUUGGCCAGCUGAAGCAUCUGAGGUUUCUUGUUGCUCCAGGGAUGAAAAAUCCGAGUUUCCCCAAUUGUAUUGCUGGGCUCUCAAAACUACAAUACCUGAACAUUCAUGGAUCUUCUCAGGUUUCACCAAGACCAGCAUCACUUGGCAAACUUAGACAUCUUAUGUACCUUGACUUGUCAGGCUGUUCCGAGAUAGUGGAACUGCCAAAAAGAUCUCUUGAAAAUCCCAAAAACCUGGUGCACCUUGAAUUAUCUACCUGCUCUGGACUUGUAAGGAUAUCAGAAGCAUUGUGCUACCUCACCAAACUACAGUACUUAAAUUUGUCAAGCUGCUCCAAUCUUGAAAGGCUACCACAAGAUGUAGGCAACCUGACAGAACUCCAGUACUUGUACUUGUCCGGUUGCCAUAAAAUUGAUGCAUUGCCAGAGUCUAUUGGGAAGCUCAUAAAUUUGGUGCAUCUAGAUUUGUCACGAUGCUCCUUUGUGAUGCCAGAAGCAUUAGGUGACCUCACCAAACUCAAGUAUUUGAGCUUAUCAGGGGUCCUUGAUUAUGACAGAAAAGCUGAGGAAACUAUUGAUAAUAUCAGCACCCUUGCAAACCUUGAGCAUCUUGACUUGUCUUGGAAUUAUUUCAGAUCUCUACCCAAAAGUAUCGGUGAUCUCAAGUGCCUACAUACAUUGGAUCUCUCAGGCUGCAGAGAACUAUCCUACCUACCUGACAGUAUAGGCUCAAUUGAUAGUCUGGAGCUGCUGCUGGUGGACCAGUGCUCAGUGCAGUUGAAGGAGCACAUCAGGAGAUGGAGAUCUGAGCUCAAAUGUAACCCGUUAGUUCAUUUUGUGGUUCGCCACAAUGAAGAUGGUUCUGGCAGCAAUCUUCAUCAGCUUGAGGAUAAAAAUCCUUCUGAGCUUGAAAUAAGCUGCCUCGAGGCAUUAACUGUUCGAGGAGAAGCAAGCGCAAUUCAAUUGCGCAAUAAAGAAAACCUCUCGAGAUUGGAACUUAAGUGGUCCUUUACGGCCCCUCAUGGUUUAGAGGGCAAAGAUGUCCUUGGAGAGCUAGCUCCACCAAUUGGUCUUAAGCACUUGGUGCUGAUUGGAUAUGGCAGCAUAAUCUUUCCAAACUGGCUCAUGAACAUUCCUCAUUAUCUCCCGAAUCUUGUUUCUAUUGUGUUCUGGGUACUACCGAGCUGUACAAGUCUGCCACCACUCGGGCAGUUACCAAACCUCAAAGAUUUGUAUCUUGGAAAUUUGGAAAGCCUCACAAAAAUCAGUGGUGAUGAUCUUUGUGCUGGCAAACGAGCAUUCCCUCUGAUGUCAAGACUCACCUUGAGUGGCAUGAGUUCGUUGCAGGAGUGGAACACGACAUACUGUGGCAAGGAUGGUAGAGAGGAGUUCAUGUUCCCUAUGCUUCAUGAUCUGGUUAUACAAAAUUGCCCGAGGUUGAGGUUGAAGCCAUGCCCACCUCUAUUCCACAGGUGGCGAAUCUUCCACAGCGAUGAAGUGCUUAAUUUCAGGGAAGAAUGCGACAGAUUGGCAGCACCAAGAACCAGUUUGGUGGUCUCCAGCCUUGGUUAUUGUGGGAGCUGGUCGCUGCUGAGCCACUUAUCUACCCUGGAAGAGCUGGAUAUCAAAUAUCUGACUGUGACCAGCUUGCCAGAGAGCAUGAGACAGCUGGUCUCCCUUCGUUUGCUGGUGUUAUUCUACUGUGAGAACAUCAUGUUACCUGAAUGGCUUGGGGACCUAAAAUCUCUCCAAAGCCUCCACAUUAAGGGUUGCCUGACGAUCAAGUCAAUGCCAUCAUCUUUACAACAACUCACCAAGCUCCAACUGCUACAUAUUAGGAGCAACGCUGAACUAAAAAAAUGGUGUCAAUUGCAGAGGAAAUGGAAGCUCGCCCACAUCAAGGAUAUUGUAAGUGUUCUAACAAAACUCUCUUAUGUUCGUUUAUGGCAUUUGAAUGGCUAA